AUCGAGGGAAAACUUGUAUGCCCCAAUGCAAGAUGUGCUGCUCGAUUAGGGAGCUUCAAUUGGAGCGGUACACAGUGCUCGUGCGGCUCGUGGGUGGUACCAGCCGUUCAGGUGGUCGGAAGCAAAGUGGAUCGGAAGGGGACUGAAGAAACCGAAGGGUUGAUGGUAGUGG